AUGUCACGACUUUCACGUGCCUUGCAGGCGUGUCAUUGUCGUUGGCUCAAGCCCACUGGCACUUGGAAUUUGUCCGACUCUGGCUUCGCUGAGGCUUCAGCACCAUGUGAUAGGCACUCUGGUUUUGCCGAGUCCCUUUGUGGGUGUUUGCUUUGGCACUGCUGCAGGUUUGGGGUGCCCAUGCUUGGCCAUGUGUGCGCCAAAAUCGAGAGUGUUCACGCCCCACUAUUGGAUUUCACUAUCAUCACUGGUUGGAAGGCCACCAUGAAGCCAAUCUUCCCUGCAGCAAUUGGCGGAGACCCCAAACUCGUUCAUCUCUCUAAUGCCUUGCGUAUGGUUGAUGGAGCCAAACCCCUUCAGGUUGGAGGUGUCUGUAAGGCAGAAGUUCACAUCUUUUUUGCCAUCAAUGCCAACAAACCACCGUCAAUGCCCCAUGCAUCAUCGCCAGCGGGGGGUCUCUACAUGGCCUCCACGCUCAACCACUGCCAUCGGCGACACCACUCAAAACUACCUGCCACGCCCUUGCCUCAUGCACACAGAACCGGCUGGGCUUUUGCCAACUCCUUGCACCACCCAUGUGCUAAUUCUGUGAUGUUUGGCUAUUGUGGCUAUCAGAGACUCUUCAUUGUCAAACCGCGUCAUAAUCAACAUUUCGCUUAUAAUUAA